CUGCGCCUGCGCAGAUCUCUUCAAAGCAGAAGGUCGCGCUUGGAGGAAGUGGCGGCAUUGGGUUCCGUGGUCGCAUUGCUGUUACUACUUUUCUGAAGCUCUUCUCGGCCGCUUGCCGAGACACUCCGCUUUCAAGAUGCCUCGAAUUAUGAUCAAGGGGGGCGUGUGGAGGAAUACCGAGGAUGAAAUUCUGAAAGCAGCGGUAAUGAAAUAUGGAAAAAACCAGUGGUCUAGGAUUGCCUCCCUGCUUCACAGAAAAUCAGCAAAGCAGUGCAAAGCCAGAUGGUAUGAGUGGCUGGAUCCAAGCAUUAAGAAAACAGAAUGGUCCAGAGAAGAAGAGGAAAAACUCUUGCACUUGGCCAAGUUGAUGCCAACUCAGUGGAGGACCAUUGCUCCAAUCAUUGGAAGAACAGCUGCCCAGUGCUUGGAACACUAUGAAUUUCUUCUGGAUAAAGCUGCUCAAAGAGAUAAUGAAGAAGAAACAACAGAUGAUCCACGAAAACUUAAACCUGGAGAAAUAGAUCCAAAUCCAGAAACAAAACCAGCACGGCCUGAUCCAAUUGAUAUGGAUGAGGAUGAACUUGAGAUGCUUUCUGAAGCUAGAGCGCGCCUGGCUAAUACUCAGGGAAAGAAAGCCAAAAGGAAAGCAAGAGAGAAACAGUUGGAAGAAGCAAGGCGUCUUGCUGCACUCCAAAAGAGGAGAGAACUUCGAGCAGCUGGUAUAGAAAUUCAGAAGAAAAGAAAAAAGAAGAGAGGAGUCGAUUAUAAUGCUGAAAUUCCAUUUGAAAAAAAGCCUGCUCUUGGUUUCUAUGAUACUUCUGAGGAGAACUACCAGGCUCUUGAUGCAGAUUUCAGAAAAUUAAGACAACAGGAUCUUGAUGGGGAGCUAAGAUCUGAAAAAGAAGGAAGAGAUAGAAAAAAAGACAAGCAACAUUUGAAAAGGAAAAAAGAAUCUGAUUUACCAUCGGCUAUUCUUCAAACUAGUGGUGUUUCUGAAUUUACUAAGAAGAGAAGCAAACUAGUACUUCCUGCCCCUCAGAUUUCAGAUGCAGAACUCCAGGAAGUUGUAAAAGUAGGCCAAGCAAGUGAAAUUGCUCGCCAGACUGCUGAGGAAUCUGGCAUAACAAACUCUGCCUCCAGUACUCUUUUGUCUGAGUACAAUGUCACCAACAACAGUAUCGCUCUUAGAACACCACGAACGCCAGCUUCCCAGGACAGAAUUCUGCAGGAAGCCCAGAACCUCAUGGCCCUCACCAAUGUGGACACCCCCUUAAAAGGUGGACUUAAUACCCCUUUGCACGAGAGCGACUUCUCAGGUGUGACUCCGCAGCGGCAGGUUGUACAAACUCCAAACACAGUUCUUUCUACCCCAUUCAGGACUCCUUCUCAUGGAUCUGAAGGGCUGACUCCCCGGAGUGGGACAACUCCCAAACCAGUUGUUAACUCCACCCCUGGUAGAACUCCUCUUCGAGACAAGUUAAACAUUAAUCCUGAGGAUGGACUGGCAGACUAUAGUGAUCCCUCUUAUGUGAAGCAGAUGGAAAGAGAAUCUCGUGAACACCUCCGUUUAGGGUUGUUGGGCCUUCCUGCCCCUAAGAAUGACUUUGAAAUUGUUCUACCAGAAAAUGCUGAGAAGGAGCUAGAAGACCGUGAAAUAGAUGAUACUUACAUUGAAGAUGCUGCUGAUGUGGAUGCACGGAAGCAGGCCAUACGAGAUGCAGAACGUGUAAAGGAAAUGAAACGAAUGCAUAAAGCUGUGCAGAAAGAUCUGCCAAGACCAUCAGAAGUGAAUGAAACUAUUCUAAGACCCUUAAAUGUGGAACCACCUCUAACAGAUUUACAGAAAAGUGAGGAACUCAUCAAAAAAGAAAUGAUCACAAUGCUUCAUUACGACCUUCUACAUCAUCCUUAUGAACCAUCUGGAAAUAAAAAAGGAAAAACUGUAGGAUUUGGUACCAAUAAUUCAGAGCACAUUGCCUAUCUAGAACAUAAUCCUUAUGAAAAGUUCUCCAAAGAAGAGUUGAAAAAGGCCCAGGACGUUCUGGUACAGGAGAUGGAAGUGGUGAAACAAGGUAUGAGCCACGGAGAACUGUCAAGUGAAGCUUAUAAUCAGGUGUGGGAAGAAUGCUACAGUCAAGUUCUCUAUCUUCCUGGGCAGAGCCGCUACACACGGGCCAACCUAGCUAGCAAAAAGGACAGAAUCGAGUCACUUGAAAAGAGGCUUGAGAUAAACAGGGGCCACAUGACAACAGAAGCCAAGAGAGCUGCAAAGAUGGAAAAGAAGAUGAAAAUUUUGCUUGGGGGUUACCAGUCUCGUGCUAUGGGGCUCAUGAAACAGCUGAAUGACUUGUGGGACCAAAUUGAACAGGCUUACUUGGAAUUACGUACUUUUGAAGAACUCAAGAAACACGAAGAUUCUGCUAUUCCCCGGAGGCUCGAGUGUCUAAAAGAAGAUGUUCAGCGACAACAGGACAGAGAAAAGGAACUACAGCAUAGAUACGCUGAUUUGCUGCUGGAGAAAGAAACUUUAAAGUCGAAAUUCUGAAGCAUAGUUUAUAUUCUGUCACAAGAUGAACUAAUUGCUGGUUUUCUGAACCAGCAUCUGGAAGGCUGAAACUAAUGUUUAUCUUCAUGGACAAAUUUGCCCACGAUCUGUGGUUUUUCAGUUGUUUAUUUUAAAGGAUACCAAUCUUACACACUCUGUGUAUAAAGACUUUAAUUCCACGGGAUAUUUUAGGGUUUAAAUUAUUAAGAUGAUCAUUCUUUUAGCAGUGUCAUAUUUGCAAAAUUUUUUCAGUUUUGGCCUUUCAUUUUAAAAGCCUGGUUUUAAAGUGCUGCCUGUGAGUAAAGUCUUGAAUAAAAACAAAAUAUAAAAAAA